GCAGUUCUCUGUGGCCGACCGGCGCCUAGGGCUUCCGCUGGUCAGCUGACCGCCCAGUGCGGAACUGCACCACCAGCCACCCUGCUCAGUGCCGCCCCGCCUGCUGGGUCCUCUCCACCAUGGCUGGGCUCAUGGUCAGUGGAACUCAAGUGUCCUACGUAGGCCAGUACUGCAGAGAAAUUCCAGAGUCCCUGGGCCGGGACUUUGGACAUUUUGCAAAGAGGCUUGACCUGAGCUUCAACCUCUUGAGGUCACUGGAAGGACUGAGUGCAUUCAGAAGCCUGGAGGAGCUCAUUUUAGACAACAAUCUGCUCGGAGACGACCUCGUGUUGCCAGGGUUACCCCACUUGCACACCUUAACCCUCAACAAGAACCGAAUUACCAACUUGGAGUACCUCCUGGAUCACCUGGCAGAAGUGACACCAGCCUUAGAGUACCUCAGCCUGCUGGGAAACGUGGCAUGUCCUAAUGAGCUGGUCAGCUUGGAGAAGGACGAGGAAGACUAUAAGAGAUACAGGUGCUUUGUUCUGCACAAGCUGCCUAAUUUGAAGUUUCUGGAUGCCCAGAAAGUCACCAGACAAGAACGGGAGGAGGCAUUGGUCAGAGGGGCCUUCAUGAAUGUGGUGAAACCCAAGGACUUCAGAGACAGCCAACAUCACCAAUCCCAGCCAAGUACAGCAGACGAAGUCUUUGUGGUACCCUGGGGUCAAAUACUGGCCAUCCGUCCUUUCCCACAUCCGUGCCUACACUGCACAGGGCAGAUCUUUCUUUAUCUUGCCCUCAUUUGCUUUGAGAUUGGAAACUGUAAAGUGCUGAUAGAAAGCCAAAGAAGGACUAAUUGUGCUGCCCAUGUCCUAGGAUGUUGUAUUCUGUCUGUCUGUGCCUGAUGUUGAGCCCCGUACACAUAGAAGGACAGACCCGUUGACACAUUUUACAUAUGAUGGGAUUCAGUCCCAGAGCAGUUUGUGGAGCUGAUCAAGGUCACUGGGUCAUGAAUUCCUGAGCUAGAAUUGUACCCUUAUGUCUGACAUGGGGCCAGUCUCCUCUCUCUCUGCUGUUUUAGCCCUGGGGAGAGAGAGUUUCCAUGGAGUGUCUUGGACAAUUGAAACUUCUCAGGGAAGCCUGAGUGAGAGAGACAGGUGGGGAUGUAGUGUUUUUUCUGCAUGGGGAGAGGUGGAAUCUCCUCUUGCCUUUGAGCAUGAUGUGGAAGGGUUCCUUAAAACUCUGCCGUCAGCCGUCGGAGUCAUUAGCAA